AAGUUUCUUCGCUCCCACCCCUCGAUUUUUAUGUCUUUUUCGGCUGUCUGUUGGCUUGGAUAGAGACGUAUACCAGACAGCUUUAAAAUGUUUAAUAUCGGACCGAAAAUAUUUUUGCUCUUUCUGCUCGCUUUCCCGAUUACCCUUGUUUCCAUAGGUGGUGUCACGGCUGACAGCGACCCCUCAGAAGACCACAGCCCCGAUUCCGUGGUCGAGGAAGAGGAGGAUGACGAAGACGAAGUACUGGUCGAGGAGGCCCAAGUUUCUGAAUCGGACACAGAAGAUGAUCUAGAUGAAGACUCCACAGGGACGGAUGUGACCUCUCACCCAGAUGCAGACACCACCAUUGUAUUUGUUACUGGGGAAGAGUUUCCAGCCAAUGAGAUUGUGAAGUUCCUGGUGGGUUUCACCAACAAGGGGAGUCAAGACUUCACUGUCCAAUCGCUGGAGGCUUCAUUCCGCUACCCCCAGGACUACCAGUUUUAUAUUCAGAACUUCACAGCCCUGCCCCUGAGCACUCUAGUCCCGCCCCAAAGACAAGCAUCGUUUGAGUACUCCUUCAUCCCAGCUCAGCCAAUGGCUGGCCGCCCCUUCGGACUCGUCAUCCUGCUGACCUAUCAGGACAGCGAGGGUAACGGCUUUCAGAGUGCCAUAUACAACCAGACAGUGACCAUCACAGAGCUGGACGAGGGGCUGGACGGUGAAACGAUGUUCCUGUAUGUGUUCCUCUCCGGGCUGGUGGCUCUGCUGCUCUUUGGACUGUACCAGGGGUUGGAGGCUCGAACGAGGAAGAGGCUGCCUGUGAAGGUAGAGACCGGUACGAGUGGUCUGAACGACGUGGACAUCAGCUGGAUCCCACAGGAGACCCUCAAUGUCAUGAACAAAGCCUCCCCAAAAGCCUCUCCCAGGAAGCGCACCAAGAGGGCUGCGGGCACAGACCAGUAACCCGCCCCGGCUGUGUGACCGGGCCCACUCCAGCCCCUCCGCCCCUAAAUCUGCCCAACGGGCGCGUCGACUUGCCCCAGAACUCUCCAGACACACACCUGCCCUGAACACGGACGGCGGUCACGGCGUACGCAGACCCCCCCCCCCCCCCCCGUCCUGCCCGUGUCUCAGCAGAGUACAUCGCCACGGCCUGCUGCCCACCACCUGCCGCACACUACCUGUAAUGACAUGGAAUUAACACUGACGUUGGACCUUCGGUUUUUAAAAUUUGGGACAGGUCAAUGAGACCGCGGCUGGGCGAAAGCCUGGGUUGAAUCGCUUUAAUUGCUACAAUGUGGUGUGUCCAAUUCAAAGAAAGAUUUUUUUUUUUCUUUUUUCUUAUGUGUGCGUUGUACUGCCUAUUCGAAGGCUGUUGUCCGGCUGUUUCACUUGGGAUGUGAGUUUAUUUUAGCAGGUUUUCAUAAUGUAAAAUAAACUAAGGGGAUCUGUUUUUA